AUGGUCAACGGAGAAGUCAAACGUACAAUGGAGGAAUCUGAUUAUGCCCUAUUGGAAGACAAAAUGCAUUGUGAACAGUGUGGAGACGAUACCGAUGACCAACAUGGAGAAAACUGCAUUAGUUUCAAGAAUAUUCUCUGUUCCCAUUUGAGAUUCGACACUGACACCGUCCAAAUGCGAUUCAGUGUUUGGAGGGGAAUUCUCGAAGUUCUUCAGAUAUUUCAAGAUCCAAAAGCAGCUGUCAAAACUCUUUGGGAAAACUAUUUGAUGCAUGGAUUCUUGGAUACACAAGCAGUUAUGAACUUGUUGAUACCCCGCCACAACUGCAUGGUCAUCAGAUUGACCUACAUUCUGGGCGGAAGUGUUUGUGUGAGCUACCGUACCCUGCGCGGAGAAAUCGUUCAUCUAGAGCCAUUGGAAUUGAAGAAGCUUCAGGCGAAAAGCAUUUUGGAGUACAUUUCGGAUAUUGCAGAAACAGCCAAAAUUGACUAUCUUCUCACAUACAAUUUGGAUUACAUGCCAGUCUCCAGUGUUAUCGAAAAGUACUUCAAAGUGAAUGAUGUGAAAAGAGUCAGAGGAGUUUCUUCUAAUAUAACGGAUAAAGGACCAUUGAAUCAUGUUACUCAUGUCAAAUUCACACCUCUCCGUGUAGCAGUUGUUGCUUGUCGGGAACACACUCCUCGUCCAUCACCACGUCCUUCUGAAUCUCAUGAUAUUCCGUCAUCAUCUUCAUCUGAAUCUCACUAUCUGUUCAAUGUUCCGAGUCUUCCGCAGAGAUAUGAGCAUCAUCAUAAUCAGAAUCAUGAUCCGAUGACUUCAUUGUCUCAUAUGAUGCCUUCGUCUUCAUCCACGACGUCGCCUAUCAAUACAACGCCGACAAUGAUGCCUCCGUUACCAAUGAAUCAAUCGUUUGAAAUGCAAUUGGAAGCUUUGAUGAAACAAUACGGGAAGACUCCGCAAGAGGUGGUUGAAACUGUAUCUUUCGCUGCGAGAACCAGUCACCAUCACCUCGAAAUGCUCCCACCACACAAUCCGAACCUUCGUUCUGCUUCUUCUCUUGUUCCUGAUCACAAUGCUAGUUUCGAGGAGUUCAUGGAUGAUCUGACCAACAGCUCAAAUGACGAUUAUAUUCCAUCCCUCGACUUCUCACAUACUAAUCACUCUCUUCGCGUUUAG